AUGGAUACACCGCUAGCUAAGGACGCGACACAGAUUCAGAAUCGCAACGGUAAGCGGCACCGUCUCGACGUCACCAGCCCGCAGUUCGACGACCACCUCAGGCGGGCUAUGGACUUGAUCGCUGAUGAUCGAUCCCUGCCGCCACAUCUGAAAGCUGCAAUCGGUUAUCUAUUCGAGAUGAAGAGUGAGCUGGAUGACGUAUUGGCACGAAACAAGCAACUGAUGGAUGAGAAUAGACUGGUGAAGGGAAGGAACAGUGAGUUGGAGGCCGAGAUCGUUUCACUGAAGUCCCAAAUCACAAUUUUAAAACAGUCUCUUUCUGAUAAGUCCUGUAAUGAUGGUAGGGUUAUUCCACCUGAUAUGUCUUAUGAGGAUAUCGAACGAAAGCGUUCGGUGGUUGUUGCUGGCAUUCAGGAAUGCGUCUCUCCUAUUGCUUCUGUUAGAGUCUCGUACGAUUUGAAUUGCAUUCGUCGAAUUAAUGAUUUUCUCUCGGUAGACUGUCAACCAACUAGUGUUUAUCGAAUGGGGCGUUAUGUCCCUGGUAAGCCACGUCUUUUAAAAGUAGUAUUUCCGUCGUCAUUUUUCUCGUCUUUGCUUCUUAGAAGAGCACCUAAAUUGAGAUUUUUUUCUGAGAAAGGCAUUUUUGUCAGACGCUCUCUAUCCCUGGCUGAGCGUCAAAGCUUAAGAGCUCAUAGAAACACUAGAGAUGCCGAUAUCCCACCUAACAUCAGAUCAAUAGUAAAGAACUCGGAUGCGCUCGCAUUACUUAUUAAGCAACACUGUCCCGAUAUAAUUGCAAUAACGGAGACAUGGCUUAACCCCAAUAUUACUCUAUCGUCUCUCAUUCAUAUGAAUAUGUCUCCUUAUACUGUGUUAAGAUGUGACCGCCCAUCUAAGCGAGGUGGAGGGGUGGUUUUGAUUGUCAGAAACUUAUUUUCCCCGAUGACUAUUUUUUCGGAAUCUGUAGUUAAUGCAUAUGAGAUUCUAUGCUGUGAUUUGUCUGUUAGCCUUUCCAUGCUGCGCAUUAUUCUGAUAUACAGAACACCUAGUUGCACGGCUGCUAUGUCGGGUCAACUGACCAAGGCCGUAAGUGACUUGGUGUCAUGUAGGCAUUGUUCUAUUGUUAUCGGUGAUUUAAACUUCCCCUGCAUAGCCUGGAAUGGCUCAGUUCAAGCGCAACCGACCCAGAUUUCAGCCAGUGCCCGAACAUUCCUAGGAGAUCAAUACGUUACUACUGGCACUCUGAACGAGAAUAUUCUUGAUUUGGUUCUGUCCAACGAGGAGAAUUUGAUCACAGGUCUUGAAGUACUCCCGCCGGUGGGGUCUAGUGAUCACGCGGCCAUCAGUUUCACCAUUGACGCCCAUAAAUCGGAAGAAAACGUCACAAUGAAAAGAGAUUUUUCGAUGGCUAAUUAUCAAGAAAUUGAACGUCACUUGACAAAUGUGGACUGGUUCGGCUCUUUAAAUUGUGUAGACACGGUAGAUGCGAAGUAUGAACUUUUUCUAGGUAUUCUUUCCCACACAAUUGAACUAUUUGUUCCAGUCACCAAAAAGACAUCAUCGAGAUCACCAUUGCCCAACUAUCUUUCUUCUUUGACCCGGAAACGUGAGCGGGCGUGGAUUAAAGCUCAGAAGUCCAACACAUUCCAGGACCAGCUAGAUUUUGAACGUUUGAGUAAGAAGCUG